AUGGCGAGUAUUGGAGAAACGGUUGUUAAAUAUGUAGGGCACAAGGUAUCGAAAGCUCGAUGGAUUCCUCAAGAAAAGGGCCAGUUGAAUGCCUCCGACACAUUUGUUACAGGCGGCUGGGACGACCAGGCAAGUGGACUCUUCUUAAACAAUCUUACUUUCGAAGAUUUGACAGUUAUGUUGUAGGGAAGAAAUUAUUUGUAAGACUUUCUGUAUUUUUUCUGUUUAGGUUAACAAAUUAUCCAUCUGGAAAAAUGAGGAGCCAAGUGGAGAAUCAGCUGCCUCCUUCGCUGUCGCAAAUGAACCAAAAUUGUUGUGUGACACUAAUUUUAUUGGAGAUGUAACGGACAUCGAGGUAAAUUAUACAAAAUGGUUAGCAAGUCAAUAUGCUCAACUCAUCAAUGAGCUAUGAAGUAUAUUAUUGAUGAUUAUAUUCCAUUUUACGCUAUUUAACCCUUUCACUAGCACAAAUGAUGUCUAUCCAUUUUUUGUCUCUUUCCUUGUAUAUGCAUUCAUUUUGAGCUUGUAGACGUACCCAAUAAAGUUGUUAAAUAAAUAAAUAAAUACUUGGAAUUUCUCCCUAUAAUAUCCAUACAUUAUCAAGUAAACAGGUAAUGAGGAGACUAAAAUUUAUUUAAAAAAUUGUUACCUUGAUCUAAAACCAAAUUCUUGUACCCAAUUUACAAGGAAACUAGAGGGGAGAAUUAGCAUUCAGAUCUUACGAGUGAAAGGGUUAAAUGCAAUCAAAUUAAGAUCUAGCAUUGAGUUUACAUGCGAUAGACCCUUAUAAGGUUCAUUGUAAACUUUUAGCAUGAUAUGUAAACCUGACAGCUUAUAACUAUGCAUGUGCAUCAACUGAUCAAACUGCAAGGCAAGUUAAUUGGUUUGAUCAGAGUGACUGUUGACUGUCACUACCCCUUGUCAGUGUUUUCUCUUCUUGCCAGACAGUUUGACACUGGCCAACUUAUAAAAAUUUCUCAUCAUCAUAAGAGCUGUGAUGCUCAGAUGUUUCUUAAAACAGCAUGUGGUUGAGCCUAGUUUUUGUGAAAUACGUAGCUUAACAGGAAAGCAUGCUCAAUACAUUGAUAUUUCAACUUUUUUUGUCCUCAAUUUGCUGAAUUCAGUCUGCUUUAAGUGUUUAAACCUGACCUAAUUAAUCUAACUUUCUUUGUUAGUGUAUUGAUUCAGAGAGAAUCCUGGUAUCAUCUUCAACAGGAAGUGUUCGCCUGUUCCAAUAUAGUUCAAAACACCAGGUUAGUGUAAAAGGUUUUAUAAUCCUUGUAAAUCCAUACUACACAGUACUGGUCUUCAGGUCAACUGAUGUGGUUGUGUUCUUGUACAAGGCACUUUGCUCUCCCAGUACUUGUCUCCACAUCUGGUAGUAUACACAGGUAGUUAAUUCAAGUCAGUACUCAAGCCAAGUGCUCCAGCCAGCUAGAGCGUAUCUUGGCAGUUUCUACAUGAAGCAACUAGGAGUAUUACUACUUCCCCCUGGAUGGGAUGCCAGUCCAUCACAAGGUUCCCUCUCCCCCUAAAAUUUCACCAGAUUCACCCACUGAUACCCCUGUGGGGAGAGACACUAUAGGUUAAAGUUCUUUUCCCAAGAACACAACCUAUGACAGGUCUUGAAACCUGACUGCUCGACCCAGAGUUAAGUGCACUUACCAUUAUGGUACAGCAUCACCCACAUUUUGUUCUACUCGUGCUUGCUCUUUAACUCAAGAGUUAAAAGUUGUUCCAGUGAACAUCCCACCUGGAACUUUGCAGUGAAAUUGUAUCCCUGGUUGGUGGAGUUAUGCUGCCAGAUGCUUUGGAAAUCAAUUAAAGUUAAAUUCUCACUUCCAAAAUUUAUUGUACAGUAAAUUCACAAACCAGGCUCUAUUUCAUGCAAUACUGUUUGAUAAGAUUCCAAACAAAAUUGGUUUUUAUUAUAACACUGAAGUUGAAAGGAAAGGAUAUUAAAAUCUUUUUGAACUUGUCAGGCCAUCAGACCCGAGGUUGAAUGGAAUUCUCUUCACCAUGUUGGAAGUCGUGGCUGUUCAUGUACAUGUCUUGCUACAAAUUCUGGCUCCAUUGAUGUAGUAACCGCUGGAGAAGACGGAAGGAUCAAUGUAUUGAAACUUGAUCAGAGGCAUCCAGUUAGAUCGAUAGGUAAGAAUUAACAGAGUUGAAGUAGAGAAAGAGUGUUAGUUGGCAGACUGCAGUAGUAUUUGCAGGAAAAAAGUGACAUUCGAACCCAUGCCUCCCAAAUGCCAGUUUGGUGCAACUACCAACUGUACAACAAAGCUAUACAUUGACAAGCUUUAUGCACAACAGCCAACAGGUUUUAUUUCAAGGACUGUUUGUUUACCUAUCUCUGUUUCAAUUUCUCAAACACUAUUUAUAUUUCUCAAGAAGUUGAUCAGCCCUUUCAAAAUAUUCUAUGAAAUCCCAAGACCUCCUGUAAGAUUUCAUAAAAGGUUACCAUUAAAUCAUUUUGUUGUGUAAGCAUUAUCCCCAGAUAAGAUGUCCUGCAAUUUUAUUCAUUUAAAUUAUGUGACUGUGAAAUCUCAUUGUUUUGCCUGUGUUCCCAGAUUCUGCCGACAGCACAACUAUAAACAGUAUUACUUGUAUAAUGUCACAUGAAGUGGCUGCUGUAACAUUUGGCGGUCAGCUCAAAGUUUGGGAUCUUCGACAACCUGGGAAUAAGCCUGGAAGAACAAUGUUACUGUGAGUGUCAAUUAAACAUUGGUUAUAGAUAACAUCAUUAAUUUAUAUUUAAUGAAGGUUAAUGUUUAAUCUUCUCAGAAAGGUUAAAAACUCUGGUCUGCUCUAUUUAUUUUUCUUGUUUUUGUUGUUUUGUUAAAGACUGAUAAUAACAUUGCUUGUCCAACAAUGGGGAAAACAAUUACUUUAUAACAAAUGCGGUAUGAUCAAUGAAGCACCCAGGCUUUGUUAGAGGCUGGCAAUUUUCAAUAUAAAUUGACCUAAGUUGCUACCAAGCUUGAAAUAUAUCAUUUGCAAAUUAUUUUGUGUACAGUUCAGGGGACCGUGUCUCGCUGCUGUGUGUUGACAAACACCCGAUGCAGCCACACCUACUUGCUGCUGGAGGUCAAGAUGGUGUACUAAGUAUCUGGGAUAUGCGACAAGAACUUUAUCCUGUCACAUUAUUGGAAGCACAUGCAGGAGAAGGUUGGACACCCUUUCCAUAUUUUUUUUCCUUGCCUUGUCAAGAGUUUGUUAGUUCUAACCCAUAACCCUUUAACUCCCAAGAUCUCAUUAGCAAUUCUCCUUACUGUCUACCAUACAGCUCUUGCAAUGUUAGUUUGAAGAAUUUUGUAUUGGAUCAACUAAUAAUCCUCUAAUUAAUAUUUGUCUUUAUUCUCAUCACUUGUCUACUUGCUACUGUAUUGAUAUUGUAAGGAGAAAUUCUGUCUUGGUCACUCAUGGGAGUUAAAGGGUUAGUGGUAGUAGUUAGUGGAACAUAGAGGUUUUUUUAGACUGCUACUAAAAAUUUUAGUGGGUUUUGUAAUGUGAGUGUUAUUUACUCCAUCUAACUGUGGCAUGCAAACUGUUCAAAAUGUGUCAUGUGACACUGGUGUCAAAAAAUGGAAAGGACAUGGACAUGUACAUGUACUUGAUGCAUGAUACCAUUGGGCACGCUGCAUGUCUUUAACUCUUUACCCCUUAGCAUCAGUAUCUAUGUUCUCCAUACUAUUCACUAUAUGUUUCCCAAGGUGCUGACAAAGAGAAUUUGUUUGAUAAUCAAGAGCUGCUUUAGUUGGUUAUCAUUUUCCCUUUUCUAAUAACCUUAUUGUUUGCUUCAAGGGUGAUAUUGUAAGGAGAAAGUAGAUGCUGGUCACUCUUAGGGGUUAAAGGAUUAAAAGAAGCCAUAUGGCUGGCAUUCAUUUUUGGAGGUUAAUAUGACCUGUGAGGGUUGGAUACAAAGAUAACUGAGCACAAAGAAGAUUUUGUUUUCUGUGAAAGAAUGCAGGAGAGGUGCUGAUUGUAUUUUGUGUAAGGUGUUGUUCAUGCAUCAACUGAAGACCACUAACACUUAAUAAUCUGAAAGUUGGCUGUGGAACACAGGUUGCUAGAUUGGUGACUUCUGCUACAUUAAGUCCCCAAAAUUGUAGUUUUGCUCGAGGGACCUAAAACUUGAAGCUCAGUGAAAUGAGCAGGUUUAUUUGUGAGAUGUGAUCGACAGACAAGUUUAGAAGCUUCAGGGUUUGAAUGUGAGUGGGAUGACACUUUUCAAACUUCUAGUGGUCAUUUAUUUGUUUUCUUUCUUUUUUUUUUUAUAAGUAUGGGAAGUGAAAUUUCACCCAUUAAGCCCAGACAACUUAUUCACUUGUUCUGAAGAUGGAUCCCUCUGGCACUGGGAUGGUACUUCUGUGGCUGUCCAGAGCACCACAGGCAUGCCAGGUUUUAAUUCAAGUCACCUCAGCAGUAUUGGCAAUGGUGCAGGUGCUGGCGGUGGAUAUGAGAGUACGAGUCCAUGGUUAUCGGUGGAUGCAACAAAACAUAAAAUGGAGACAUUCUCUCUUCUUCCAUAUAACAGACUGUCAAUUAACUCGCUAGAUAUUCAAUCAAUGCACUUGUUAAGUGGAAGUGACUGUGAAGCUAUUUUUAUUAUCAAAGAUCUGGUCAUUAAAUGAUUAUUUUUUAUAAUCAAAGCUAUUAAAAAUGUAAUUAUCAUAAUGUUUAUACAUUGUAACUUUUACAAACUUAAUAAUAUUUAGACUGUACAGUUAACUUUGCAGAUCAAUUUACAGGAACAGACAUUUCCUGGCAUAAAUUAGCAGCCAUCCAACUUUUCACUCUCAAGAUCUCAUUUGAAAUUCUUCUUACUGAUUGCCAUGCAUUUGUUAUGUUAGUUUUAUCAACUAAUAAUCCCCUAAUUGAUAUUUUUCUGUAUUUCCAUCACUUGUCUGCUUGGUAUUGUAUCGAUAGUGUAAGGAGUAUGGUAUAGAUUCAAAUUGAACUCUUGAGAGAUGAUUGCUAUUUUUGAAGUCUCUUAGUUUUCUACUUAAAGCAUCAAAGAUAGCUUUACUCAACAGACACUUGGCCCAUUGUUAACCCUGGGGCAAGUGUGGAAUUGCCCAUAAGGAAGGUGACAGAGACAUUGGAAACAUCAAUCUAAUAGCUUGUGAGAGAGAAGCCCUCACACUAUUACAUAUGAAAAUUAGCAGCCAAUAGUUUAAUUGUUUUAACAGGUAGUAUAAACCUACUAGUCAUUCAAAACCAAGAGCAAAAAAAAUCCUCCUAUUUUCUCUUGUUCAAAAUUUACUGGUAACCACAAGACAGG